AGCCGAGUUCUCGCGAUAGUUGGAAACACAUGGCCGCCCACAGUGUUUACAACUUCUCGAAAUGAAGUGAAGAGUUAUAGAGGUACAAACGUUGACGUUGAGCACUUAGAUGCUUGACACGCUUCCCUACUAAAAGUGGAAAAUCAACACCAUUGAGAAGAAGAGGUGCUUUCUGCCAAACUACGAGCAGAACCAAAGGCCAGACAAGCCAGAACACAGGUAGGUGGCAACAGACUGUUAGCAAGAGCUAAUGCUAACAUGAGCUAACGCGAGGUGGUCGCAGCUUUUGCUGUGGACUGGCAAUGUAAGAAAAUAAAGCACGUUACCUUGUGUAACCAACAUAUUCCACACUGUAAUGACUGCGGAGAUUAGAGUAAAACCCGAAAGCCUCUCAAGUGUUUUUGUGAGCUUAAUCUUGGUGAAAUCGACACACUGUGAGAUGCUGGUGGAGACUGUUGGCCCGUCCCCCUACUCGCCACAGGUGUCUGAAUGGUUGCAUUUGAAAUCUUUAAAGAAUUAACCAAAUGGUUUCCUCUUUCAAUCUUUGGGUGUUUUUUUUUUUGUUGUUGCAAGUGUGCACGCAUUUGUUAUAUUUUAUACAUCUGAACUGUAUCCUUUCUUUGUUGGUCUUACCUGCCUUGUUCCCUGUAUUUUCUUUAUCCGUGAAUUUUUAGGCUAGUAAGCGCUGUGAUGUCCUCGACCCCCAGCAGACUCAAACACCCACACUGCAGGAGGAAGCACUACCCCAGUAGCACUUACCUUACCCACGUCUGACAGCAAACCAUAAGAACAAACACAUUUGAAGGCCAAGUACAGGACUUUACCUAGAGGAUUGAUCAACAAAGGUAUGUCAGACUCAGCUGGAGGUGGCGAGGGUGGAGGUGUUACAGGUGUGGGGCAGGAAGCAGAAGCAGACACUGAGCCCCCUCAACAGGUGCCUUUAACUGAAGAUGACAACCUAGAAGUGGGAGGGACAUCAGCAGAUAGGGGAGAACCGUCUGCCAAGCGGUCCAGAAUGAACGAGGAAGAACAAGGAUUGGAGCAGACUGCACAGCCCUCAAGGAUGGACGGUAAUACACCAGCACAAGCUGGUCCACCAGCUCAACCAGCACAAAGUAAAGUAUCCAAGCUUCAUCCUUUCAAUGAAAAUUUAAGUGACAGUGAAAACUGUUUCAUCAAGUUUUAUUCAAGUUGGCGGUUUUGAUGUGGGUUUGGCACUGAGAUAAAUAGGAUAUUAUGACCUAGUUUAAUCUUUGAUUCUAGGAACUGAAGAACCACAAUGGCCAGAUAAAGAUCAAGUGGUCAUUAUCAGCAGGAGUGAGGAAGUGAAGUGUCAUCAGAAUGGAGAAGGGGGCCACGACGCCCACUUGGAUGAAGGAGAGAAACAAGGGGAGGAGGAGCAAAACAGUGAUACUCCAGCGGACAGUCCCACUGAAGGACAACAGUAAGUGGAGACAGUCAGAAAAAAAAAAAAAAAACUUGUUACUUCUUUCUUUAUUAAACAGGGAUAGAGCUGGGGAGGUUGCUACAGCUGGCUUUAAUAUGAUCCUGUCUUUGAACAGGAUGGUUAGACAAAGUGUGGCCAUACAAAGGGGCAAGAGAGUGAAAUAAUUCUCUUUGUCAUAUCCAGAUCAUAGUGUUGUGUACCUUAUAUUUGGAAUAGGGGUGCAACUAAUCAGGGAUGUCCCAGCUUGGUUUAAUCAAACCUCCCUUCUCUUGAUUUAGCACGACUCACAAACUGAAGAACACUACUUUUAGUAAUUUUAGAACAAUAAGAAUUCCAGCCAUCUUUAGAGUCGUCCUGUCCUUGCUGUCACUCAGUGAAGUGUAAAUUUUCUGUAAACUUCUGCUUGAUUGUUUGCUGGAUACUGUAUUGUUGAUAGAUGCUCUGUUCACCAACAACUGAUUUACUUGCGCACAUUACGCUCCAGCUAACCACGAAUGAGACAGUAUGAAAGACACCUUUUUCACUGUCUCUCUAUGACAUAAGUGAAAGUUCAUCUAUAUUUCCCCACAUUCUUUAUACACCAGAUAAGUUUUUGCAUACAGCUUUUGUUGGCAAACCUGCCUGACCACAUUCAGAUGCUGCUGUUUUCUAUGGACUGCUUUCCGGGGUUGUGUUCAGAUGGCACAACUGGAGCACUGACAGUAAAAUUCCAUUUGGAGUCAGUUAUUCUCAAACUAUGCUAAUUAUGAGUACCUUAUUUCAUGAUUAUCAGAAGGUUUCGUGAUGAAUGAUCUGGUCAUUUCUGUCAUCUAGUAGCAUAUCAAUCAAUACUGAAUCCACCUGAUAUCAAAACAAACUGUGGAACAAAGACCCUUAAUCAAAUCAAAUCUAGUGAGAGGUUCUUCCACAACACAAAGCCCUGCUUUGCAUGACUGUAGCUCUGGAUGAUAGAGGCUCUCCAUGCAUCUCAAUAACCUAUCCUAUCCUCUAUAUUCUUGUGGCAGUCAAAUAGACCUGAACUUCCUCUUUACCCUGAACGGAUAUUCCGGCGUAAAUAAGUUAUGGUCAAACACACUGUAACACAGAGUUAGACACCCCCUCAAGAGAUGAAUAUUGAUGACCGCUUGCUUCUCUAGUUAUACCAACUUUAGUGACAACCACGCUCAACCAAAAUGUCACUCUUGCCACAAAUAAUGCUCAGAGCAGCACCUAACUUCAUCAACAGUACAUAUAGGGUCCUAGCCAUAGCAACUAACAACUCACCUACUCUCUUCCCAGCAGCUCAAGGAAGAACAUUUAUGAUCAUUUCCUCAUGGAAAUGCAAGCAGACCGAGACACUAAGAGAGUGCAAAAUGAUUAAUAUGUUGAUUAUUACUACAAGGAAAUGAUAAAGAAAUGAUCAUAAAUGUUCUUCCUUGAGCUGCGUCAUCCCGCCUCAGUCAAUGAUGGACUGGUCAAGGUCUCGCUACAAACAAGUGGCUGCUAGAAGAGAGUAGGUGAGCUGUGUUUAGUCUCUUUGCUAAAGAAACCAGGCAGAGCUAAAAAGAUGUUUGGUGGCUAGUGCAAUGUCUAGGGCCCUAUAUGUAAUGUUGAUGAAGUUAGGUGCUUGAGGUUUGUGUGUGGCUCCUGAGACUGCUGUGUAUUGCUAUCCUGCGGUCACUUCUCAAGUUGGUAUAACUAGAGUAGCAAGCGGUCUACAACAUUCAUCCUUCGAGGGGGUGUCUAGCUCAGUGUUACAGUGUGUGUUUGACCCUAAAUUAAUGUUACACCGGAAUAUCCCCAUAAAUUGCUAUUAAAAUGAACAGAGUACAGUGGAUUUUGUUAAAGAUAAAGCUGCAUGUUAACCCUCUUACCAAAAACAUUGUCAUUAUAAACACCAAAAAGGAAUUAUCUUGUGAAGUAUCAUCAGAAGAAAGUAUUUUUUUCAGUUUCUUCAGCCAAAGCAAAACUGGAAAUUGCCAGGAAGUAUGGGAGCAAUGUGUUGUAAUCAUAAUAUUGAUGAUAAUUGCAGAGUUGCAGCCAUUUGAACAUUUGUAAUUGCCGGUGAGUGUUAGAUGUAAUUGUGCUUCCGCUUUGCAUUUUAUAAUGGUGCUUGCUUUGAAGUGGGGCAUCAGAGGCAUGGCAGAAUGAUCUGAUUAAAUAUUUAACACGAUGAAUCAUCACAAUGGUAGAAUUCAGAGUAGAUGAGAUGAUACAGGAUGAAAAAUGAUUGAAUUAACCUGUGGUUAGAGGUGGUACUAUAAUUAACACUUUGUACUCACAAUGAUUCGGAAUGGAGCGGCUCAGUCCUGACUGGUAAACGUGUUGAAUUUGCAUCAAUUUUCCUGUCUGUGAUGGUUUAUAUGCAGCAAAGUUUAGUCAGUACUCUACAAUAAGAGGUCACACAUCCAGAUAGAGUAAUCCUUCGAUUUUUGCACCUGGCAUAUACUAGGAAAUUCUGUCAGUCUGUGCCAUGUUUGAUGCUUUUAUACCUGUCUGUUUAAUCUGAUGACAUACGCAGAUUAACUCAUCCUAUGUCUUAUCUUUCUCUAGCCUCGGCCUAGAUUUCACCCAGAACCCCCAGCUGCUGACUGGUUCCUGGACUGAGUUCUCCACAGUUCCAGAGAAUUACCUGAAAGGCUGUAAAUGGUAAUGUCUUCUAAAAUUAACAUGUCACUCCAGGCAUCAUGCAGGUUAAGAGUGGGAAGCGUCAGAGGUGCUGGAAAUACAUCUUUCAGAUCACGGUUACAUUUGUGAGUCCGAGUGAGAAUUACAUAAACCUACACAUGUGGACAUUUUGUGAGGAGCCGAAAUAUCUGACAUUCGUGGCUGUUGUGGACUGAAAUAAACUUUCGAUCCAAAUCUUGAUCAGAAAAAAGAAAAUUUCUCACUUCUUCUGUGCUUCCCAUGUUGGAUUCAAAACACAAGUGCAUGGAUAGAGUUUCUCAUGACACUGCAUUAACAGUAAAAAUACAGAAAAUGUCAUUUGAGUACAAUUAGAAUUUUUUUUUCUUAAGAAUGGAUAAAAAGAGGAACAUGAGUCUGCCGCUGUACCAUUUAACCUGUGUACAACCCUUUUUUCAUCCUCUCCCUUUUCCUCAACCAGGGCCCCUGACGGUUCCUGUAUCCUGACCAACAGUGCAGACAAUAUACUUCGUGUGUACAACCUUCCUCCAGAGAUUUACAGCUACAACUGGGACUUACUUCCUGAGAUGGUGAGUAUGCAGCUAGCUCAGCAACAUUUAAACAUACCGUUUCACAAAAGUCUUUACAGAGAGCAGAAAAAGCAGUGCAUUGAUAUCAUUUUGGUUACCUACAGACAACCUCGAAUAUGUAUGACUAAUGCAAGAAAGACGAGAAAACAGGCAGAGGCUUUUUUCAAAUGCUGUUUAACCCUUCCGGGUCCCUGUGGCCGAAUUUGGCCAUUUGACGAAAAAACAAGAGACUUAUUUGGAUAUAUAUUUUUUUUUACUGCAGCAAAUGUGAUGAAUUUUUUUUUCUAAGCUUAAUUUGAAAUUCUACUUGAAAACAUGAAUUCAACAUUUUCACCAGGUCAAUAAUAAAGCCAGGACAAAUUUUCACCCUCCAGAGUCCCUCGUGGCCGAAAAAAGCCACUUUUUUUGUCGGCUGUAAAAUCAUAUUGGAUUAAUAUUUUUUUCUGAUUUUUCACACAUCUCUUAUUUUACUUCUGCCCUGUUCGAAACUAGCAAAUGUUUCAUUGAAAACAUUUUUUUUUAACCCUUUAAGUGCCAAUUUAAGACAAAAAGUCACAAAUAUAGCAAAAAUUUAAGGAAAAUGACCCAUUUUUUUUAUAAAACAUGAUCAGAAACUGGUUAUCUCUUGCAGGGUAUCAAAGUCAUGAAUAUGUCAGAGAUUAGUAAUAUCAUUGGCUUUGAUGCAUUUUAAGUUUUUCUGUAGCAUCAGAUUUAAUGAAAAACUGCGUUUGGCGCCUCCCAGUGGCCAAAACUACUUUGUCUGCUGUAAAAUCAUAUUGGAUUAAUAUUUUUUUCUGAUUUUUCAUACAUCUCUUAUUUUACUUCUGCCCUGUUCAAAACUAGCAAAUGUUUCAUUGAAAAUAAAAUUUUAACCCUUUACGGGCCAAUUUAAGACAUAAAGUCACUUAAAAAGCAAAAAAAACAUGGAAGGAAAAAUUUAAGGAAAAUGACCAAUUUUUUUAAUAAAACAUGAUCAGAAACUGGUAAUCUCUUGCAGGGUAUUUAAGUCUUGAAUAUGUCAAAGAUUAGUAAUAUAAUUGACUUCAAUGCAUUUUAAGUUUUUCUUUAGCAUCAGAUUUUAUAAAAAACUGCCUUUGGCGCCUCCCAGUGGCCAAAACUACUUUUUCUGCUGUAAAAUCAUAUUGGAUUAAUAUUUUUUUCAGAUUUUUUUCAUACAUUUCUUAUUUUACUUCUGCCCUGUUCAAAACUAGCAAAUGUUUCAUUGAAAAUAAAAAUUUUAACCCUUUAAGGGCCAAUUUUAGUCAUAAAGUCACUUAAAAAGCAAAAAAAAUGGAAGGAAAAUGAAGGAAAAUGACCAAUUUUUUUAAUAAAACAUAAUCAGAAACUGGUAAUCUCUUGCAGGGUAUUUAAGUCUUGAAUAUGUCAGAGAUUAGUAAUAUAAUUGACUUAGAUGCCUUUUAGGUUUUUCUGUAGCAUCAGAUUUAAUGAAAAACUGCGUUUGGCGCCCCUCAGUGGCCAAAACUACUUUGUCUGCUGUAAAAUCAUAUUGGAUUAAUAUUUUUUUCAGAUUUUUUUUCAUACAUUUCUUAUUUUACUUCUGCCCUGUUCAAAACUAGCAAAUGUUUCUUUGAAAAUAAAAAUUUUCACCCUUUAAGGGCCCAUUUAAGACAAAAAGUCUCUUAUGAAGCAAAUAAGGUCAUUUUCCUUCCAUUUUCCUUCCAUUUUUUUGCUUCAUAAGAGACUUUUUGUCUUAAAUUGGCCCUUAAAGGGUGAAAAUUUUUUUUUCAAAGAAACAUUUGCUAGUUUUGAACAGGGUAGAAGUAAAAUAAGAAAUGUAUGAAAAAAAAUCUGAAAAAAAUAUUAAUCCAAUAUGAUUUUACAGCAGAAAAAGUAGUUUUGGCCACUGAGGGGCGCCAAACGCAGUUUUUCAUUAAAUCUGAUGCUACAGAAAAACCUAAAAGGCAUCUAAGUCAAUGAUAUUACUAAUCUCUGACAUAUUCAAGACUCUGAUACCCUGCUAGAGAUUACCAGUUUCUGAUCAUGUUUUAUUAAAAAAAUGGGUCGUUUUCCUUCAUUUUCCUUCCAUUUUUUUUGCUUUUUAAGUGACUUUAUGUCUUAAAUUGGCCCUUAAAGGGUUAAAAUUUUUAUUUUCAAUGGAACAUUUGCUAGUUUUGAACAGGGCAGAAGUAAAAUAAGAAAUGUAUGAAAAAAAAUCUGAAAAAAAUAUUAAUCCAAUAUGAUUUUACAGCAGACAAAGUAGUUUUGGCCACUGGGAGGCGCCAAAGGCAGUUUUUUUAUUAAAUCUGAUGCUAAAGAAAAACUUAAAAUGCAUUGAAGUCAAUUAUAUUACUAAUCUCUGACAUAUUCAAGACUUAAAUACCCUGCAAGAGAUUACCAGUUUCUGAUCAUGUUUUAUAAAAAUAAUGGGUCAGUUUCCUUAAAUUUUUCCUUCCAUUUUUCUUUGCUUUUUAAGUGACUUUAUGUCUUAAAUUGGCCCUUAAAGUGUUAAAAUUUUUAUUUUCAAUGAAACAUUUGCUAGUUUUGAACAGGGCAGAAGUAAAAUAAGAAAUGUAUGAAAAAAAAUAUUCAUCCAAUAUGAUUUUACAGCAGUCAAAGUAGUUUUGGCCACUGAGGGGCGCCAAACGCAGUUUUUCAUUAAAUCUGAUGCUACAGAAAAACCUAAAAGGCAUCUAAGUCAAUUAUAUUACUAAUCUCUGACAUAUUCAAGACUCUGAUACCCUGCAAGAGAUUACCAGUUUCUGAUCAUGUUUUAUAAAAAAAAUGGGUCAUUUUCCUUUAAUUUUUUGCCCUAUUAGUGACUUUUUGUCUUAAAUUGGCACUUAAAGGGUUAAAAAAAUUGUUUUCAAUGAAACAUUUGCUAGUUUUGAACAGGGCAGAAGUAAAAUAAGAGAUGUGUGAAAAAAAAUCAGAAAAAAAUAUUAAUCCAAUAUGAUUUUACAGCCGACAAAAAAAGUGGCUUUUUUCGGCCACGAGGGACUUUAGAGGGAAGUCAAUCUAAAGAGCCCGGAAGGGUUAAAGUGCACACACUUGUGUCCUGGAGCAGUGGUUCCAGAGCUUUUGGAGUCAACGGCCUCAUACAUGGUACUGUUGAUAAUUGUGCCCCCUUGUGUGUGGGUGUGUUACUAGAGAGAGAGAGGAAGAGGGAGAGCAACAGCACAUGUAUACACGGGCCUCCCCUCUUCUGUUUUUAGGAGAUUAUUGAGAAUGAACCCAACAAUUAAUCUGAACAAACAGAAAAGAGUUUGUGUUUGUUAUGAUUGAUUUAUUAUUAUUUGUUAAGUCAUUUUGUUGUCUACUGUGUUCCAAUGACUGAGUUUUGAUGUGCUCAGUGACUCAGUUUUGUCAAUCCCUGACCUGCUGGAACCACACACACUCAGCGUCACAGGGGCUGCUUAUUAAAGGUCUCCUAUUAUGGCAUUUUUCAUCAAGUUUGAAUCGGUCCCAGAGGUCGUACAAUAGUAAAUUUGAAGUUUGUUAUCAAAAACACCAGUUUAUUUGUGGAUAUCAGCUAGGGAUGUGCCGACAUAUGAUUUAAUCGCAAUAUGCGAUAUUAAAAGACCGCGAUUAUAAAAUCGUAAGGUACUGUAAAAAUAGUUCCACAAUUAUAAUUUAAAGACGAGUGGCAGCGUCACUCAGUGGAGGUGAGCGAAGCCGAGUACUUAUCAACCUAACCUGCUUGUAGUCUUACCCACGGUGUCAAAGCCUCGGUAGCAAAAUGUACAAAUAAACCACCAGAAAAGUAGUCCCAAAUCCAAAAAAAACCUCUCGAAUUAAGUACAUUAAUGCCAGCCUGACAAAAGCGGUAACAUUAAAAGAGAAGAUGAAGAAAUUUUACAACAAAAUGCGUGGCGACCCGCAAUGCAUUGCGGCCAGGGGAUGCAUAUUAUUGGUAGAAAACCACCCAAAAGUGGAUUUUUCAUAAUGGGGGCCUUUAACAAACAAAGAACUGUACACAGCAACACAUUAAAACUACCACGCUCACACAGAGACAGGCUUUAUACGAUUAAUGAAAUACAUGAGAUCAUUUUCUUGAAGGUCAACUCCUAAAACCAGCCCUGAAUAGGUACAGUGAACUGCCUCUUUAAUGAAGAGGGAUUGUGUGCAAAAUUUAUCUGCGUGUAUUGAUUAUGAUUUGGGUAGAUCACACGCCUCUCUGCUCUUUUCUGGAUUAAAUCAAAGUUUAUGGCAUUUAUACAACCCCGGAGUUUGAAUAAUAGUUAGUUUAUGGGUUGAUUUUGGGUAGAGUUUAUCAAGAAGGAUGAGCUGACAGCCACAAGUCACAGCCAACAUGCAGCCUGCAUGAUUACCAUGACAGUAUGAGUUGGAGCGGCCAUGCUUCACGGCUGUUUCACAGCCAACACUCUGCUGGUCUGGAACAGCUCAUAUAGGAAAAAUCACGACCCUGGUUGAGGUGAUUUAAUGUAGUAAUGACUCUCCUGUCAAAGAUAUAUUCAGUUUUUGAUUUGUCCUUUUAUUUCUUUCUCUAUAACGAUCCAGCGAACCAAAGACAUAAUCUUGCUAUUCUGUGAGGCUGGAACCCCAAGGUUGAAAACCACUGCCCCAGAGACAGCCACCCGGGGUUGAAAAAUCUGGACUUGGCCUGCUUUCAUCACAGAAAAUCUCAGUGCUUAGACUUUAAAAAGACUUGUGUAGAAAAAUCCUCAGACCAGCAUAUGCUCAGUAUUAAACUUUUCAUGUUUCAAAUUUUCCACUUUAUUUUCUAGAUUUGGAGAACCUUCAGCCACAUUUGAUUUUAUUCAAAACCAUAAAGGUCACAAUCAACAUUUCCUAUCUGUCCUCAUUUUUUUUUUUGUUUGACAUAAUCAAAUGCUUAUUUGUCGUCUGAUCUGUGUGAACUUUGACAUUUAGAUUGAAUGGCACAAGAACCAAAGAUUUCAGCCAGUCAGAAUUGUAAGAAAUGUCACUGGAUUAAAAUGACAAGCAUAUUUUGUUGAUUUUCAAACAUUUUGUUUUGUUGUCAGACCAUUUAUACAGCGGCUGCCAGCAUGAUGCUGUCAAACCUACAGUAAUGUCUGCAUGCACGUUUGUUCCAAUCAAGCAGAAAAAAAUAACUCAAACAUUUAACUCAUGUUCAGAAAGCUGUUUGAGAAAUUCUAUAGUCGGUGAUGUGAAGUAGAAAAAAUGGCUUCAUGUCAUUAAGGUUUUAGGAAAUAUCAAGCAGAGAAUCAAUCUUGUAAUUGCGUUACAGGCUGUGGAAUCAGUGAAGAAGAAUGAUUGAAAUAUAAUCCAGCUUCCUCCAUUACAGAGAUCUUAAAGCGUUUGUGAAAAGGGGAGAAAAUUGAGAUUUGAUUGCUGUGUUUCUCUCUCUAGCUUUUGACUUUUAGAAUAUCACAUCAGAAGAACUCCUUUGAUUUUGUUCUCUAGACCCUCAACUAAAUCACACUCCUGGUCAUCAGCUUUAACUUUUGUUGUUCUAUGGCAGAGUCCAGUGCUGCGCAUGGCAGAGGGAGACACUAUCUACGACUACUGCUGGUACCCAAAGAUGAACUCUCUGGACCCGGACACAUGCUUGUGAGUUCAGCUUGAUCUGUCACUAAACAGUGUCCUCAGCCCUGUCUCUUAACAGCUGGAUAGAUGAGACAUUUAAAGUUCACUCUGAAGGUCAGCCUGUCAAACGGUGAGGGAUGUGGUCACAGAUGAGUCAGUUUGUUGUUUAUUGGGGUAGUGUGGGUCAGUGAUAGGUGUUUUUAAUCUAGGUGGUUAGAGAAGGACACUGUGUUUAGUGUUAGGAGGAUUUUCUGCAUGCUUGAGCUUGUCUCCAGGGUAUUGAAGAUAUUGUUGAAUGCUUGUGACCCGUUCUCUGAUCCCUGUGGUGUUUGCGCUUGUUGUGGAAGCCAGCUGCCAGCAUGGAGAGACCCUGUAAAAGCUUUGUGAUGUCUCUCAUUAUGAGUGAAGAGUUGGCCUUCAUCUUGUCUGCCUUUGCCUCCGUCACAAUCCACUCAGCUGUUUGAGGCCUGUGGUGCUUUUCAGCAUGAUUCAGCCUGCUAACAGCUCUCUUGAGUCCAGACAGCACCUAAAGGGCCUUAUGAUUCCCUGACUCUGGGUUUUUUUUUCUUUUCAUCUCAUUCUCCUUUUUUGUCAUUUGUGUGCUGGCACGCGCUUUAGCAGGCUUUAAAAAGUGGUAAUAAUGACAUCACUGCGAGUUGUGCAAGUGCUGUGAAGCGGUGCCAACAUCAGUUACACUAAGACGUCACCAUGGAAAAUGCAUAUCGUAUGUAGUGAGAGAGGUAGGUCCGUGCUAACGAGCUGAGGUCAAGCUGCCAACAGUUUUCACCGUGUAGAGACCUCCUCCCCUUGCUCCCAUCAUCCUCCAGUUAGAGCCCCCACCCCCCGACAGAUCCUUCUGAUCAAGGCCCAGCAUUGGCACGGCUCCACCCCAACACCAGACAGCCCUUAGUGUGCGAGAGGAAGAGGUUGAGGGUCAGGAGCUGCAUGCUCAAAGAUGAGAGUAGAGCAUGCAGCACAAUGAUCAACAAAACUCCUGUGGACAAUGAGCCACUUGAGAGAUCUGUGUCUGUCUGCCAAAGCCGUGCAAAGACCUACCUGUUUUAAAGAGGAGGAUGCCAGUAGGAGCUAACAGCAGAUCAUCUUCAGAUUGUUGCCACCUAUCAGAGACGAGCACCUGUAGGGCACAGCUAGGGGGACAGAUCCGCUCUGAAUAAAUUAUUAAGGGGGAAAGCUGCAAGAUAAAAGGCUGUUUUGGAGAUUAUUUAACACAUGUAUGGCAAACCUGUUUGUGCUUUUACUGACGCCCCCUCCCCCCCUCUUCCCACAUCUACCAUUUUGUCUCUCAUCGUCCCCCUGCGCUCCUUGAACUCUCCGUCUGCCAAAAGCUGCGCAUUGUUGAUGCCCCUCCUGUAGAGAGGGAAGAGUUCUAGGCAUUGCUCCAAGCUAGCAGCAGUCUAGCAUUAUAAUUGGGCAUUUCCCUGCUCUGGAAUAAAGCUGCGGCUCGGAGGGGCCAUAGCAGAACACGGCAGCAGCGGCAGGGGCUAAUUUCCUUUGUCUAAUUGAGCCGCAGUGAUGUUUAGGCAUUUGUUCAGUUCCAGUAAUUAGAGUUAAAAAGGCAUGGCUCAGUCUUUGGCCCUGAUUUGAAUCAAUAAUAAUGUCCCAUGGUCUUGUCUUCAUAAUGAGGCAAAGCACAAUGCUGAGUGUUUGUUUUGAUGCAUUGAUACAUCUAGGCGGGAGCAGUGCUGUAGAGGUUAGAGACGAAUUUACAAGAAAACGACUAGUACAAGUUUUUGGGUCAUCCAUAAUGUAAAUGUUUAGAUUAGCUUUGUAUCCUCUGAGAUGUAGCCAGAGCAUGUCAUUGUAGGAGGCAGUUAGUUUUACACAGAGGGACACGCUACGUCUUCACUGAAACAUCAAGCCCACAUCAGUGCUUCGUUUUGACAGCAUUCACGCAACAUUGAAGCCACUCUGUCUACACCAAUUCCCUCUUGUCAGCACAUUUCAAACAUGGAUGAUAGCUUCAAGCAGCUAAAGGAGCAGCACAACUUCACGUGCUGUUUCUCUCUGAUGUGUGAGGAGUGUACCUGAUCAUCUCACAUGAUGCAUUUGAUACUUAAGUCUUUCAUCACAUUGAACCUGACAGCAAAGGUUACCUCCAUACCUAACCUGCUACACCCCGCCAAAGGCUACCUUUACAAAAUUGGUCAAAACACGAGGACAAAGAUGGUAAUCACAAAAUGUAAUCAUCAUAUCCUUCUUUGGUAAACAUGUUUAAUUCACUAAUUCUAGGGUGUCGCAGAAAGUCAACCGUUAAAAAAGCUCAGCUGCCUUUACAUCAGAUUCAUGCUCUACUAUGGAACUAAUUUAAACUGCAUCGUCCCUAUUAUAAAGAUAAAUUAACAUUCAAGUAAAUAUUAUGUUAUUUAUUAAAAUGUUGGGAUGUGGUACAAGAUAAUGAUAGGAGCACAUUGUGAUGUUUUUGAAGUCAUUUGAAUCAGAUUCUUACUUGAAAAUCAAAAAAGAACAAUGUCAAACGUUUUGAAUGCGGAGAGCUCCUUUUGUUAUCAGCGCACAGUUCAAAGCAAAUUUAACAAAGUUAUAAAUAAUCGUUUUCCCAUCUUCUCACUCUUUUUGUCAUUCUUUAUUCACAGCCUGGCCAGCAGUAGUCGUGACAACCCAGUCCAUGUUUGGGAUGCAUUUUAUGGGGAGGUUCGAGCCAGUUUCCGACCCUACAAUCACCUGGAUGAGCUGACAGCAGCCCACUCCCUCUGCUUCACGCCUGAUGGAGCUCAGCUCUACUGCGGCUUUGACAAAACUGUGAGGGUCUUCUAUACUGACCGGCCUGGGAGGGACUGUGAGGAGCGGCCCACCAUAGGUUUGUUACAAAGCUUUUUUAUUGACAUGUAAAUGAGGAUUUUAUCAAUCCAUCAAUCAAUCAAACUUCAUGUAUAAAGCACUUUUCAUACACAGAGGUGCUGUCCAUUCAAACAGGAUAUCAAAAAAACAAUAAAAUUAAAUGAAAUAGAAUAAAUAAAAAUACAAAUACAGAAGCCCACCCACCCUCCUGACCCUCAUUCAACACACACAGCACUCACAUGCUCACGCACACAACAGACCAGGUUAGGACUCUUCAACUUGCCACAGAUGACUGAGGAAACGCUACCCUGAGUUAAAAAAAUGAGGGAACACUGGACCUAGGACUAAAGCAAUGAAACCAUGAUAAAAAAUAAUAAAGGUAAUAAAGUUUUUAACGUUCCUUUAAAUAAAACAGUCUUAAAUCAAGCAAUAAAUUUAACAUGUUUUUUUUUGUAUUACCUACUUCAUAUCAGGGAUAGUUUUCUUUCUGAAGAUUUGUCCUCUGUGGUACUUGGCUUCAUAAGUCAUCUUUUAAGUUUUCUGAAAUUUAUAUGAACUACAACAGCCAGUGAAUGAUAAGUUACAGUAAAUAUGCUUUUCUAUUUGAGUACAUAGACUACUUUGAAAACUCUCCCUGUUCAAGGACGCUUCAAACUCUGAAAGCUAAGAAUAAUUAAAAAAAAAAAAAAGGAGAAUCUACGAGCCAUAUUUGUUUGAAAUCCAACCCACCAAACAAACAAAGUAAACAGGAACAUCUUAAAAAGGAUGAUGUGAAGUUGAUUGUUUUCUUGUAUUUAAAGGUUUCAGUUUGACAGCCAGCUGUCACAACACGCAGGCUGAAAUCUCCUUGAACAAACCAACAAGGAGACUUUUUAUUCUGUGCCUGUGAGAAAAAAAGAAACGAAAUGUUUACUGUGAUGAAUACCUCAUGUCUGUCACACUAUUCAAACAGGUUUCAGUGCUCUGGCAGGCUGCUGAAUCCUACGGAAAUGAACUGAACCUGAGUUCCUUUUGUGGUUGACAGGCGUAAGCACCAAAAGCAAAAUGUCAGUGAGAUGUUUUUUUGCAACAAGAGUUCUGUUUUCACGCUAUGACUUUAAGUUUUAGGAGCAAGGUUUAUAGAAUAAAGGCUUAUCAGGCAGCAUCGGACCAACCAGGUCACUAAUGCAGAAUGGCACAAAUGAGGACUAUAGUUUGGCAUUAGGGAGGAGUGAAUGUAGGCUAGUAUAAUCCAGGGCUGCACAUCACUAAAAGAUUCAUCGGCGGUACACAGAACUGGGAAGAUGGAUGAGCUACUGCUUUCCAACACCCACAUUCAAACCCAUUCCCAGCUGCACUUUCAGCAAAAACAAACACAUCUGCUAAUGUCAUGUCAUCUUCUUAACCAACACUUGGUUUCAUUAUUCAUUGAUCUAAGUUGUUCAUGAGUGCUUCUGAACCACACGUGUUGUUUUGAUCUCUGCUGGCUGGAGCUCAGCUACCUUUCAUGACUGCUUGUUAAUGUGAGCAACAUGAGCUUCCAGCACAUACCCCACAGCUGACUGUUACCCAGGACAGUGGGGUUUUGGCAGGCAGACGUUUGUUGCAAAAUCUCCUGAUUAUACUGUGUACGGAGUAGGUUGUAAUAUUUCAUGAUAUCCUGCUUUAUUCCGAUGAUAAGACAUCAACUUAACUCAAGUUCAAUUUAACCACAACUACACCAUGGACUUUCUUUUUGUGUUAUUUGCACCAGGACAGCUUGACUAAUAAAUAAUUCUAACCAAACACUAAACAGCCCUGUUGUUGGCAGACCCACUGACAGCAUGUUUUAAGUAUUUGACAGAUUUCUUUUAAAGACAGUGUUUUAGAAUAAAAACAAAAUGAGAGGAGAAUGUCAAAGUAGCAGCCAUCUGUGGAAGACUGCCAAGAACCCACAAAAAGAAAAAUGCAGACAGCAGUGAUUAAAAUGUUGGGAUGCAUAAAGCCAAAAAGAGACGAGCAACAUGAAACAAUGAAGGUUGUGGAAGUAGGAUUGGCAAGAUUGACCACUUUCAUCCCCGGCAAGAAGUCAACUGCACCUCUGCCAUGGUUACAACUCAACAUUUCGCUCUUGUAGUUCUCCUGCUUUCUGCUCAACCGCUCUUUACCUGCUUAUUAAGAACUGAACUGUCAGUGUAAUUAGCCACACAUCUCAGAAAUAUAUUCAGUGAUCCAUGUGGGGAAUGUCAGGGCUCGACGGUGCAGCCGUUUCACUCACAGUUGUGACUAACUAUAAAUGUGUGCCAAUUGUAAAAUGUAUUUAGGGGCACAUGUGCACAUUAAAAAAACCAGCCGAGGCAACAAAUGUUCUUCAUGUAAAUAACGCAGUGAAGUUAGUUUUAAGUUGGAUAUUUGACAGACAUUCACUGUGGAUGUACCAGUGUCUUCUCACUCUCUAUGGAGAUUUAACCAGAUUUAACCGGAUCUCUACCGGUGUCUUCUUACUCUCUAUGGAGAGUGAGAAGACAUCGGUAGAGAUCAGGUAAUGGCAACAGCAGCGCGGUUAAAUCUACUUGGCAUCCUCACUGUCAAGGUCAGGUGUUGAAUAAGGGACCACCAAUGAAUUACCGGUUGAUGGUUUCAAAAAGGGUCUGUUUUCCUUCAAUAGCUUCCAUGUCAAUUGACCUAAAAUUGAUUUGAAAUAAUAGCACUUAUGUCGUCCAAUGAGACACACAUUAUUUGAUCAAUUUUCAUCGUGCCCCUAAAGUUCUUUGUGUGCUCCUACUUUUUUCAACUUAGGAGCACAUGUGCGCCUUGUGAAAAAAGUUAGUGUCAAACCCUGAAUGUGCUAAAACAUAGCCCCAGCGAUUAGUUUCUGAUAUACUAUAAUAGUGAUAAUUGUGAGAGGAGUAAACCGAUCAAGAAUCAGCUGUUCUGAAGUGAUUUUCUGCAAUAAUUGCCCAAACAUGUUUCUUUGUUAGAGACAUACUCAGGAAUGUAGGGCCUGCCAGAAAGUCAACUUUGAGUAGAAGUGACUGUGAUUUAAGUGUUUUCAACCUGUAAAAGGCUGGAAGUCCUGGCAAAUGCUGCACUCUUCUCUUCUCUUCUCUGCAGUGAAGAAGCAGGGCCAAAGUGGCAUCAUCUCCUGUUUUGGCUUCAGCCCCUGCCAGUCUGUUUACGCCUGUGGCUCUUACUCCCGCUGUGCUGGCCUCUACUCCUGCCAAGACGGCACCCUGCUGGCUCUGCUGCCGACCCGCCAUCACGGAGGCCUCACCCAUCUGCUUUUCUCUCCUGACGGCAACUACCUGUACACCGGCGGACGCAAGGUGAAUGCACACACACUCUAGCAUACAGACACCUGUGGGUAACAGCACUGCUGCUUAUUGUGGAUGAUCACAAACACAGUCAAAAGGCUUUGUUUGCUAAGCAAUGAACAAACAACUUUGCUCUGUUGUUGUGGAAAAUUGGUUUACACAAGCAUUAUCACAGCUUUGGGACAAGAGUUUUCCUGCUAAUUUCUUGCCUUGAUGUCAUGAUUCAGCUUCAGAAGCUAAUAUGAUGAUAACACAUCAAGGCCUCCCCCUAAAAGUUCAAUGCAUUCCACACAUAGACUGUAUAUACUAUGGAAAACCUGGUUUCGCCUUCCGCCUGUAUACGGAUUUGAAGCCAAAAAGCUCUCUGUAAUUCCGGGUUUUUCUCCACUUCCUGGAAACCAGAGCUGCGCAGUAGCGAUGCGCGCAUUUGGCCGCACAGUCGCCGAGAGUCCCUGUGAUGACGCUUGGCUCAAACAGCGUAUCCCCCCGGGUGAGCUACGCAAUCCCUGAACGCCCAUAGGCUGUACCAGGUGUCAAUCAUAGAAAACAUGAACCCCCUAAUAACUUUUUAAAACGGAGCUGAACAGAAAAAAGGGACUUGGGCACAAACCAGUCUUACAAUAACUACAUGUCAACAUCACAAGCAGGGGGGAGAAUAAUGUAUGUUCUGUGUUAUAAAUGUCUAAAGUUUGUCCACAGUCCCAUAAACUAAAUCUGCUGUAAUGACAAGGAAACAAAUCAAUCAGAAAGUGUCAGGAGUCUUCUCUUAGUUUGACAUCACUCCAUCUGUCCACAAUGUUCUUUUGAUGCAGAUUGAGAGAUUCAGUUAUCCUUAACCUGUUGGUCAGUGCCCUUCAUUCAUCCUUCUUAUCUAAUGUCAUUCUGUUCAGGUUGAAUAUGAACUAAUUAACCAUUUUAGAGUCUACAAAGUUAUUCUGUAACAUGCAAAGUCACUCUGCCAGUUGAGUUAUCUACAGUUUAGACACAAGGUCAGAAGUGCAGAUCAAUAGUUCACAGAAGGUCUGUGUGAAGAGAGGACAGACUUCACAAUAACAGCCUGUUCAUACUCACUGGAGUCUGUGUUUUCAAAGUUCACACUAUAAAUGAGCGAGCUCAAAGUUCAGUUCACACAGAUUCAAAUCAACCUCCUCACAUUCAGAAUUUCUUUUUUCCUUUUUCAAAUCCUGAACCAAGUUCAUGGUCCAAACAUAAGCUGGUUUAUGUUCAUCUUUUCUAGCCGGGCCCAAAUUCUCUUUUUCUGUAGAGCCUUAAUCCCUGGCCCUCAAUAUUGCAUUGCUAUUUCUUAGAAAAAAUGAAAACUGCUUUUUACAGAUGUAAAGCUGAAAGGACAAGAACAUCCCUUUUAAGUAUGUUUUAUAAAAUAAAUAUGGAAAAAAAUCUGCAGCUUUGAAAUGUGCUUCGUAAAAGAUGCUGUGCUUUUCACACACCCUAAAACAAGAAAGCUAAAGGUGAAGGAACACCAAAUAGACACAGAAAGUUAAUGAUUCUCCAUUUUCAAAGAGCUACACCUCUCUGAAGCCAAAUGAGUUUUUAGCUGCUCAGAAUCUGUCCUGAUUUGCUCAUAUAACUACUUCAAAAGUUCAAAAGAGUUGGCUUCAUCAGCGCUGCUAACUACAUUUGAAUUGGGGGGAGCAUUAGCCAUGCUGACUGAGUGCUUGAAAUCUGACUUUGGCUGCUGUAAUAAACAAUUUGAGACAUAUAGUGAGCAGUUGUUCACCAGAGUGAACAACACUGUGUAUAGAUUUCCGAGAGUAUUCAUUUGUAACGCUGAAUGAAAUCAUACAUACCAGUAUUGCACUGGUUCAUACUGCUCUUACCCCCCCCACUAAAGCACUCUUACCUUUAGGCAAGUAGUCACUACGUGUGUGUGUGUGUGUGUGUGUGUGUGUGUGUGUGUGUGUGUGUGUGUGUGUGUGUGUGUAUGAUUGAGGAGACGAAGUAAACAAUUGCAAAGACUACAGUCAAGAAGUACCCCUUUGAGAAAUGUCAUGAGGCAACUUUGACCUUUGUCAGAGCUCUCAUUAAUAGUGUAGGGGGUGAUGCUGCUUAGAUUAUCAGUACUUUUUGGAAUGACAAGGAAUAUAUAUUUAUUCUGAUAAAACUGUCACAACUGUUUACAUCAGGUUCUGUGGUGUAAAAGGAUUCUAUUAACGUCAACGGUAAUGAUAGAGCAUCUUUCUUUCACACUGGUCACGCAACAUAACUUGUAUGUGUAGUGAUUCAGAGGUUUUGAGGGAUGUUUAUUUUUGGUAAAGCAAAAUUAUUUACUUUACUUUUGUCAGUAACCAAGCAGGACUAUUUUAAGUUACUAUUUAAAGGCAGUUCUGAUGUAAUGAGAUGCUUUCAUUAUCACAGUAUUGAAGGAUGAUGCUAAGAUGAACUGAACUCUAGUCAAAGGUUGCUACAAUUCUGAAAUUGUGUUUGCAUGAGCAGGAUCCAGAAAUUCUGUGCUGGGACCUCAGGGAGCCGGGCAAGGUAGUGUUCUCGCUCAAGAGGAACGUAGCGACAAACCAGCGCAUCUACUUUGACCUAGACCUGUAAGUUUGUUGUGUGUGAUGUAGACUACCUACUAUAUACAUCCAUGUGUAUCUAGUUUGUCCAAAAGAAAGUCAGUCUAACUAUACUGACUAUAUUCUUAGUUUUCAAAUGAGUGUGUUAAUGCUAAUAAACCAACUUCCGUUUUUUUGUGUGUAGUUGAUUGUUGACAAACUUUUUACUUGAACUUUUUUCUGCUAAGGUCGGGGAGGUACCUGCUGAGUGGUGACACAGAGGGAGUGGUGUCAGUAUGGGAUUCCCAGACUGCUCCACCUGAUGGUGAAGAGGAGCUGCUGCAACCACAGCUCAGGUUCAAGGCCCAUUGGGACUGCACCAACGGUAUCAGGUGGGCUUCAAUUGUGAGGUUGUAGCGCAGCGUGUGUUCACACAAGCGAUGUUGGCAAGGACUGGUUUGUACUCAAGUACUCUUUUUUUCUGUACAGCUCUGUUUUUAAAAGUGAUUAGGGGGUUCAUGUUUUCUAUGAUUGACAUUUGAUACAGCCUAUGGGUGUACGAAGAUUGCGUAGCUCACCAAGGGGAGUGUAUAACGCUACUGCGCAAUGUUGGUUUCAGGAAAUGGAGAAAAAAAUGCAGAAUUACAGAGAGCUUUUUGGCUUCAAAUCCGUAUACUGGCAGGAGGCGGAACCAAGUUGUUCAUACAGUGUGCUUGCCGCUUGCUGGCUGUGUUGUAGGCUGAUGCGACAAUACCGGUAAACAAAUCGGAAAAGAACUUCUACUGUUGUAAUGUUUAGCCCCUAUUAACUGUUAUUAGCAAUAGCAGUUGAAAACAACAUAAAACAGUAAUUUACUCAUACAAGAGCAUACGUAGAAGCUCCUGAUGUAGCUUCUAUGUUAGAGGUUAUUAAUCUACUGAAUAAUGCUAAGCUGUAUGAUCAUUCUGUCCAAUCAUUAAGGAAAUGCAGUACAUUGUAGUAAAGUUCGCGAGCUGUGAAUUUGUCUCGCUGACAUUGUAGCUAUCGAUAGCUAUAGCUUUGUUAGCUAGUUUGUCAUAACGCACAAUUUUAAAACACAAACAGUUCAAAACAUUGCUAAUAUUUUCAUGGAGUAGCAAAGGAUUGAAUAUCUGAUUACAAAAAAACAAAACAAAAAAAGUGUCAUUACUAUGAAAAUCAUCUCAAAAUCAUACCCCUUGCUUUCAAGUGAGGUCCCGGUUUGUCUUUGUUUUAAGGGCUGUGUACCCCUUGCCUUUAGCCCUUCCCCUUAACCUUACAGAGAGUUAGGAUACCACUUCGCUUGAUGUGAACGUGCAAAACUGAGGGCUAAGGGGUACGAUCGGGAUCGGCUCUAAAUUGAAUCAUUCUCUUCCACAGUAUUCAUCCCUUUAUGCCACUGUUGGCAACAUCCAGCGGGCAGCGCCAGUUCCCAUGGCCCGGCGACAGCGAGGGUGACUCUGCUUCUGACGGCGAGGGAGGAGAAGCCGUGAUGUCACCGCACGAGAUCAGACAAGAUAACACCCUGUCUUUGUGGUGGGCAGGACCACUCGGUCCUGCAGCAGAGGAGGGCCGGGAGCAGAGUUCUGCAGAGGUGGAGGCCUGAGGUUGUGUUAGGUCAGCCAGAGGACACAGAUUGAGUUGAACCUGCCAUGUGAUAUUUAUUUUGGGAUUGUUUGUCACAGAAAAGGCCAAUUAUGGGUCGGUCAGAUUCACUUAGCCAUCUGCAACAUGGAAUUUGAGGUGGGAAGUAUUUGUGGGAAUUAAAAACUCAAAAAUAACCCAGUCUACGGUCUGAAUAAGUUUCACCACAUAUCAUGUUCAGGUUUAGCACAUCUGCAUACUCAGUAUUCUUGCUUCCAAAGUAACAACGAAAGGAUUGUGAAAUAUUGAACAUCAGAUCAGUGCAAAAAUUCAGGGCUCUUCACUGAGUUGAUUUUUUUUAUGCCAAAUUAUUGAAUAGGAAUUGGAACUAAAUGUCAAGAAUGUAGACAAUGCUAAAACCAAGGAGGUUUUCUUUAAAGCCUUUCUCAGGUUGUAAAUCCUGUGGGUUGCACAAUAAGUUGACUGUGGCCUCUAAUUUUUAUCAUUUUGAUAUUGUGUUUUUUCUCCUUGCACCACCAAGCUGAAUUAUAAAUGAUAUAUUUUUAAACUUUACUUUAAUGAGGAAGCAUUGUGUUGAUUUGGAGAAGUUUGGGUGAUUCAAAGGCCACGACUUAUGUGAAGCGCCCCAUUGUCAAUGAACUGAUCAGAGCUGUAAAUGUGGGAGUGUUUGUUUACGUGUGUGUUGCUGCAAUGCUGCCCUGGAGAUUCCUAACUGCUAUAGUAACAGUAAGUGCCAUUUGUUCUUGAGCUUUGCUUUUGUAAACUGAUGGGAUCUCCUGUUUUUACCUUCUUUUUUUAAACUGUAGGACGCACCUAGUGUUGUGUCGCAGAGUGCAUGCACACAAAUGUAUAUUUUUGUAAAGCCACGAUGAUCAUUCUGAUUCUUUGGAUGUAUACUGUGUAAGCAGCUAGCUUAUUACUGUAAACUCAUAACAAUCUGUGAAGGUCAUCAAGUAGUUUGGUUCACCAAGGGAUGUCUUAUGACGAUUAUUUUUGAGAGAAAAACUGCUCAGAUUACAUUAAAAGCUGUUUGAAUGGUUAUGUGGCAGCACAAAACACAUUGUGUUCAUAUGAUGUUCAAUGUAUGGCAGUCAAGGGGUAUCUGUUAAUGUUGGUGUGUUCUUUGUUGUAGGGUUUCUGUGCAGGUGGAUUUAAAGGAGCACAGAAGGCUCCAAACCUAAGCUGUGUAACUUUAGAAACCAAUGAAUCCAUGUGUUGAUUCAGGUUUCACUUCCUGGAACUUAAAUUUGAUGCCAACAAAUCAAAGCUACAGCUAUGAGGCAACUACCCAACAAUAAUACAGAGAUUUGCUCCGUCAGGGAGCAGUGGGAACCAUGUAGGCCUUGAUGUCCACUUAUAGUAGUCUCUUGUUAGGAAACUGUGUCUACAACAGAGGGAUUUCUGUGGCUUUAUUCAAGAUGGAGUGAAUUAAAAGCAUAUCUCUUCACAACCUGA